AUGACAACCUCUCAGCCUUCUGCCAUAGAUCUUCUCAUUGAGCAAGUGUCACGUCUCACCACUCGCAUUGAUGAGCUUUCUUCAGAGGUUGCUUCCAUCCAGCAAAAACCCUUGCUUCAAUCAUCGUUUCCGAAACAAGCUCCCAAGAUUCGGUUGGACUAUCCUCGUUUUGAUAGGUCCAAUGCGUUAGAUUGGAUUUUUGUUGUUACUCGUUUUUUCGACUAUCACCAAACCCCAGAAGCCGAUCGUCUUCAGAUCAUUUCUUUCUACAUGGAUGGUCCCGCACUGAGUUGGUUUCAGUGGAUGGAGAGAAACCAUUUUCUUCGUUCUUGGAAGGAUUUCUUACACUCCUUGAAAACCCGCUUUGCUCCAUCUCAUUUUCAGAACGUUAAGGGACGUCUCUGUAAGCUUUAUCAGACUGGGUCUGUUUUACAAUAUCUUAAUGACUUUGAAAGCCUUGCAAACAGGGUCACCGACGUUCCUCCUUCUUUUUUGCUUGAGUGCUUCAUUUCGGGUCUUCGCCCUGACAUUCAGCGUGAGGUGCUCGCCUUCCAGCCGGUGUCGUUUUCGGAAACGGCGGAGUUGGCCAAACUUCAAGAGGAUAAAUUUCACUCGAGCGUCCAGCAUCAGCAUCAACGGAGUUCCACUAUACCCGUUUCCCGUGUUCCACCAUCGAUACAACGUCAAGCUCUCCUUCCUCCACCAGCUACUCCAACUGUUCCAUUUAAGCGUUUGUCAGCUUCGGAAAUACAAAAUCGUCGUGACCGUGGAUUAUGUUACAACUGUGAUGAAAAAUAUAACCCCGGACACCAUUGCAAGUCUCGCUUCUUUCUCCUCGUACAUGACGAUGAGGAAACUAUACCUUCCGAUCCUCCUCCCGAUGACUCUAUUGAUUCCACUAUACCAGACUCUGCUCAGUUGAGUUUAAAUGCGUUAUCAGGGCAUUUUAAUUCGAAGAUGUUUUGCGUCACUGGACAUAUAUUGGAGCAUUCUGUUCNCAUUCUCAUCGAUAGCGGUAGUUCUCAUAAUUUCCUUCAAUCUAAGCGAGCCCAUGAAUUGGGUCUACCUUUUCAAUCUACGAAACCACUAUCGGUGAUGGUUGGCAAUGGCCACGCCUUGACUUGCUCUCAGAUUUGCACUCAAGUUCCUCUCUUAAUCCAGAAUCAAGCGUUUUUGGUGGACUUUCAUUUAAUUGAUCUUUGCGGGCCUGAGGCCGUGUUGGGAGAGCAAUGGCUUCAGAGUUUGGGCCCUGUUUUAACCGACUAUGAACAGCUUACCAUGCAAUUUACUUGGUCAGGCCAGAUGGCCAAAUUGAUCGGUGACGUUCAUAAUGACUCUGUGCCCAUUUCGGUUCAUCAAUUGCGUAAAUUGUCCAAGUGGGGCCAAAUUGCUGAAUAUUUUCAUCUUACCAUACUAUCGACUAUGUCAGUCUCUGCUGCAUAUUUUGGUGUGGUCCCCAUUGAUAAUCCAGAACUGUCCAUUCUAUUGAAUCGCUUCCAAUCUUUAUUUGAGGAGCCUUCUUCCUUACCCCCUGAACGGCCCACUGACCAUGCUAUUACUUUACUGCCCAACUCUGCUCCUGUUAAAGUUCGCCCAUAUCGCUAUCCUUAUUCUCAAAAAUAA